ACUCGUCCACUUCCAAGCAAAAAGGCCAUUCCAUCCGUAAACAUUUUUUGCGAUAUGAAGCCCCCGAGCCCGAUGACCGAUUCAGAAUAUCAUUCCGAGUUAUGCCAAGACCGCAUUUGGCUGUUGCCUUACAGCCGACCGCGUCAUAAAAUUUCAAAACAUAUCUAAACGACCUCGAAAAAGCGCCAAGUAAUCGUCUUGAUUUAUGUCUCACCUCCGCUAAUCACCAAUCGAGAAAGAAAUUACCUUCAUUCACGACAUUGCCCACUAAAAAAAAAAUCCAAUGAACCAAAUGCAAGAGAUACGGAAAACUUAAGACUCGUGUAACUGAGAGGGUGAUUAUUACCCCAUAGCUGGUGGAUGUUUUUUUCCAGGUUCUUUAAAAGACGGUGUGUCCCAAUUUACAUAUACAUGACACGAAGCCUCUUUUCGAUGGGUUUGCGUGUCGGCGAAAGGUUUACCUCUCAAAUGAAAGCCGGAGGCUUCUUUUAUGAUAUCCUAAUUAGAAAGUUCACAAAUGGCGCUGACGAACGUCGCUGUUGUCGUCAUGAAUAUGAUGAUUAGGACAACAGAUGGUGCCCUUCUGCUGGACGACGGGCGCAGUUCAGCAAUUCAAAUUCCUCGUACUUAAAGGUCAACAGUUGCGUAAACACGGCUUGACUAGGUGCGAUCGAAGAUAGAAUGUAUAAAAGCUAUGAGAUGUGCCGUCAAAGAACGUAUUGUGAUCGAACACCUUGCAAGAUGAUCUCCAUUGAUCGGUUCCUAGUGGUUGUAGCUGUAGUUUUGCUACCUUCCAAAGGUACUGAAGCCUUCGGUUGGGGUUGGUUCUGGCCUACGACUACGGCCACCACAACCACUGCAUCGACGUCGAGCUCCGGAACGUCAUCCAGUGCCGCCGUCGCAUCCGUGUACAACAUCUCCAUCGGAAAUCGGGAGAAUACCAACGCCGAGCUUACCGACUACGGAACGAUGAUCAAUAAUCUGCAGAUCAAUCUGGCGCGGUUCAACGGAAGUGCCCUAACAGGAGAAGCAACCGAAAAUCUGUUAAAUGAAGCAAUCUACACCGUAGUGGACGGUUAUCGAAACGAGUCGGAAACUGUAGUCACCGGUCGUCUAGCGUGGAUCGACGAAGCCAUACGGGAUAUCGUAGGAUACGCUAGGGAGCUUCGCCGUGAUGAGAACAACCGUUGGUUGAAAGAAUUUCCGGAGCAUGUUAGGGCGAAUGUGGCCGCACUGAACGAAACCACUAGAAGCUGUUUGGAGCGGGAGGUGCUUGUGGAAGACUUGAUCCAGGCGGUUGACAACCGCAGUAGAAAUGGAUGCCUGGAGAGGAAACUUCUGGAAUUGUAUGAACUUCGCGAAGCAGCAAACAAUAACUUGACGGAGUUUCUUGCCCUCUCUGGGGACAUCGAAGAUCGACUGGAGGUUUGCGCGAACCCGGACUUUGUCGACGAGAUUAGCGACCUCUACCAGGAAGCUUGUGUUUCUUCGGUCCUACUGGAAGUGGAAAUGGAAUCACUCAAGCUGGGAUUCACCGUUGGUCGGUUAACGGCUGCGGCCGAACCUGUAUUGAGUCAAGCCAAGGCCGGUCUACUGGAAUGCGUUGCCGAUCUGGCUUUGUAUGCUUUCAAUGCUUCCCUAGGCCUUCGUCACUGGAUCAACGCUUGCACUACCCUAGAAUGAUGGUCUCAAAAGUGCAUAGUGAACAAACUGUAUCCUGCCAUUUCAAACAAUAAAGCGAUUAUUCGCCAUUCCCUUCCCCAAGAAAUAAGUUUUACUCAUCUGUGUAAAUCCAACCAGAUGUUACACAAAACUUCGACAAUUCUUGAAAUAUGAUGACCUCGGAUGUCCUCUCGGGAAACAGAUUCAGUAAUCGUCAUCAGCAUUGAGUUCGGACACAUCCAAAAGCAAAUUAACCUUUCGCACUGUCUCCGGUCGAUUUGAUGUUGACCAUCGCUUCCAAUAUACAUGGCACGGAAAGUUUUGCCCCAACCUGUGGUUGUGUGGUUAGGGAAAACUUUAUAAAUCCGUCCGUUGCCGCAUCUACGGGGAUCCCGGCAGCAGCGAAAACCAAAAGGUGAAGAGAUGAAAUAUUUCGAUCACGUUGCCCCCGAAAGGCCCAUCGCCCAUCGUAAGUGAGAAAGAGACGCUGAGCAGAGAUAGAUGAUGAUAUCGUUAAUGUUCCCGGAACGGAUCCAUGGAAGGAAAAUCGAAAAGACGAAAAACUUUUGCCAUUAGGUAGGGCUUUAACUUGACCUUAGUAGAAUGGGUAGCAACACAGGACGAAAUUGGGAUGGUGAGAAGUUGAUCGAAUUGAAAACGAUUUUUUUUUUUAUUAUUGUGAAUAAUGAGUUUUCUGAAAUGGGGAAGAAAGCAAAA